CGCUGUAGGUGUUUUCCCGUGCUGUGGUUCUUCUUACGCCCUCCUCCGGAGAUCGUCGGGGGGGAGUCGUGAGCUAAGCUUGCAGACCGAUCGAAUGCGAGCUAGAAACCAGAGGAAGGGAAAGGAGGUGAGGACCCGCAACCAAUUACCCUUAACACAAUCACGUACGAAGUGAGUUAUGCUGCACAGUGGCUCGAUCCUGAGUCAGACAAGUGCGGGGUGUGUUCGUUGACCUGCUCGCUGAAGGAUGGUGGCCUUGUCGUUCCUCCCGCGAGGCUCGACGGAGAAUGGCUCGGUGCCUGGAUCGGAGAGCGCCCCUUCGCAAGACACCGCAGCUGCCUCUGUCCAGGACACCCCAACACAGCCUCGCGCCAACCACCCCGCACCAGAGGGCAUCGUGAGCAUCUCGGGGCGCGUUUAUGCCCUCAAGCCGUCCAGCAAUCAACGAGAAACCCGCAAGCAGACCCGCGCUUUCUGUCAGCAACAUGGUGGCGGGUGCCACUGCCUGGUGUUCGAUGUGCGCUGUGCAGCGGGGGGCGACACUGAGGGCCAUAGCAGGAGUGGGCUGCACUCCACUGUGGUCAAAGCGGAUGUGGGCUUCGGCGGCGGGAGGGGAGGUCCGAUGAGCAUCGCCCCGCUGUGUUUGGAGAAGGUCUUCAGCACCUGCCAGGCGAUGGAGGAGUGGCUAACGGCUGAUCCCAGGCAUGUGGUGCUGCUGCAAUGCCCGGCAGCGCCCCAUGCCAUCCUCAGCUUCCUCUCGGCACUCCUGGCCUUCGCACCUGAGGACCAAAUCGUGGCCAGAGGGACGGGCGAUGUCACUGCCACCCUCGAUGGCUUCGUGCUUCAAGCUCAGCGGCUGUGCGAGGCCCUCUGUCCACCGUCCUACCGUGUCACCCCGAGCCCUUACGCCACUCAGCUGGCCAGUGCCAUGCAGCGAUCCCGGCUGAGACGGCGGGCUGCAUCAACACCACUCCAUGCCGCCAACACGGCACGGUCGUCCGCUGCGCACGGGUCGGCCGGCGGCAAUCCCCUCGCCGGCCGCAGAGCAUCCCUGCCGGCUUCACUGGUGCCAGUGGCUGGUGGUGAGAGCAGCCGAUGGCGGCGGUGGAGCAUCAUGAGUGGCCUGGGACGUCCCAGCAGCGGCUUUGCUGUGGGGCGGAUGGACGAUGCAACACGUCGGCAUGUGCUGGGCAUGGAGGCGUUCUCGACGUGCAUGCUGCAGAGCAUCACCGUCAACGAGAGUGCAGCCAACAUGGAGACGUCCGCGCCACUUUAUGUGGAGAUAUACUCCACAGGUACACCACACCAGGGGAGGGACAGGAGCAUGGCAGACUCGCUCACUGCUCGUCUUCCUUUGAUUCUGUAUCAAUGUCUUUUGCAGCGUCUGACGCGCCUCUGGUCGCUAGUCGAUUGAGCCAGGUGGAGGGGUCAGUCACCGCCCCCAACAACGGCAGAGUCGAAGGCACGCCGUCCACCAGCCCCAACUCGGCUGGCUCGCAGCAGUCGCACUGGCACCUGCAGGUCGACAAGCGCAUCGACGGCGAGCUCCUCGCCUUCAUUCACUCCUCCCCCCCAUCCCGCAGCUUCCUCACCGUCGACACCAGUGCACCAUCGUCAGCCCGAGGAGCCCCCGCCGGCGGCCGGUUCACCUCCCUCUUCAAACGAAGCCAAGCAACGGCACCAGAAGGGGGCAGUGCCUCCGACCGGUCCCCCACGGCCCACUCUCCCCCCCUGGCUACCUUCCAGCUGCAUCUGUCGGACAUUCUCCAUCGGCCACCAGGGGGAGCCAAACGUGCGGCUACGGGCGGUGACAGCAGCAGCAGCAGCGAUGAGGGUGAGGUGCGUGAUGGGGUUGGGCGUGUGACUGAGACGGUGCGGAUCGAUGGGCUGCGGCUGGUCAAGUGUCAGCUGACAGCGACGGACGUGGUGUCCAGACACCAGCUGCCCGACGACUUUGCAAUAACACUCAACUUCGGUACGCACAACGCGGAGCACGGAGCAUCAAGCAUGCCGGAUGGAUGUGUCUCGUCCCGUGUGGGUCUGGUCUGGUGUGUGCAGAGGUGUACCCCGAGAACGUUUUCGCGCACGUGUCCAACAGCCCAACCCGUGUGAGUGUCCGUGUGCCCUGCGGCCCCCCGGUGGUGAACCCCUCCAUGAGCCCCAGCCGCAGCGACGACAGCAGAGGCGCAUCCACGGCAGCUCAGUCAGCCUCCUCCGGUGCACACGACGCCACCACCAACACAGCAGAUGACCCUACAGGACAGCCACAGGUGAGAUGAGCACCGCAAGACAGGGACGCAUACGUGAUGGAAUCGAAUCACUGAUGUCGGUUCUCUUGCCUUGCAUCCAUGUCAGGUGGAGACUGACGAGCAGAUCGCUUGGCGUCUCUUCCUGGAGGACACCUCCACAACACAGCCGCGACCAAUGCCGGCUGUGCCGCUCGAGAGAGGGGAGCCACCCAGGCCGCCUGCUGCUGCUGCGGUGUCAACGACCACUGAGCCGCCCAACGCCGUGGGUAGUCCUGCUGCAUCCGGGGAGCAGUCUGGCGGGAGCGGGGGCGACACGGGCUACAGGGAUGUGGCCGCUGAGGGCCAGACCAGGGCACCCGAAGGCUCGUCCGUCAGAGAUGCAGAUGAACUGCUUGCCAGACGGCUGCAGCAGGUCAGAACCACACACAAAAAAGAGUGUGUCUCGUCUUGCAUGGUCGUGUUUGCUUCUGUGGUGUCCUUCUAUGUCUGCAGCAAUAUCUAUUGGAGGCGCAGCGCCGUCACCGCGGCAGUCCCCAGCUGCCCCUGCUCCUGGACGACCUCUUCCCAUCCCUCUCACUCUCUACUGGCACCUCGGCAGCUGCCGCGCGCGGCACCGCCAACGCAGGCCCUGCCGAGGCGGCAGCCACGAGCAGCGUGGGCGCGUCAAGGAACACCAGCCAGUCUGUGAGCUCAAGUGCGAGUGCAGCCGACGCGACGAAUGACGGCAGUGAGGACGUGCCGAGGGAGGCGGCCGGCGCUGCAUCGGCCGCCGCUGCAUCCAGGUAAAAGGCUGGGGUGGUAUGUGUGGAGGGCAGGCAGGAAGGCACCUGUCUGUCCAUGAGUGGAUCUGUGUGCUUGUGUGUGUUCAGUGUGUCUCCCAGUGGCGCAUCCCGCGGGGCUGAGGCUCGCAUGAGCCUGAGGAGACAGCUGGUGAGCGAGAAUGAGACAGCACGAGCAGACAAAGUGGAGAACUGUCGGCUGUGUUGCUUCCUUGCUUGCUUCAUCUCUCUUUUCAGGAGUUGCUGAACUCCUUCCUGGACGACAACCAGCGUGUGUUUUCGUCCAACGACCCCCCCAACCUGCUGGGCGACAGGAGUGAGAACAUCAUCAGCGAGAUAGACCUCAUCAGCAGCAGGUCAGCUGGUGGUGCUCGACCACCAACCACACACCAUCCAUCCCUCCACACAGCCCCGGAGCCGUCACACACGCGCCUCUCUCUGUCUCACCUCUCUCUGGGUGUCUUGCAAUGAUUCGGGUCAUCGCUCAGGUUGUCGCUGCGUCGGAACCGUUUCCCAUUUACCGUUGGUGCGUCUCACUUUGAGAUCAACGCCCUGCCCACCUACACCUACAGCUGCAAGGCCGCCGCCAAGGAUGACGACGAGUGUGGCGGCAAGGGUGUUGGUGAUGACGAGCGCAACAAGUGCAUGGUGUGCCAAGAGGAAUUCGACGAGGGCGACAAACUCAAGGUGAAGGGAAGAGCUAAGAGGAAGGAACGAACACCUUAGGCACCUCGAUGCAUGCCAGCCAGGGAUGGACGUGUGUGUGUGUGUGUGUGUCUGUGUAUGGGAUGAUUGCAGAAUUUACCGUGCUUCCACUCUUUUCACGCCGAAUGCGUCGACAAGUGAGUGAGACAUAGAGACGUGCAGGCAUCACAUCGCCACCGCACCCACUCCUCUGUCAGGUGGCUGGCUGUCAAGAAGACGUGCCCCAUCUGUCAGCUGCGCAUCGACCGGCCCAACCUGCCCCCAAACGACACGGCUCGCGGGACGUCCUCCCUCGACCCGUCCAACGCCCUCCGCGGCAGCAACAUCGCCCGCCUGCGGCUGCAGCUCCACCAGAACCAGCUGGUGCUCGACGCUCUCUCACCCAGAGGUGACAAUGGCCCCGAGCCGAGGGGAGAGAACGACUACGAUGAAGAGUUCCUCCGGUCACUCGGUGAGCGAACAACACAUGCGUGAUAUGGGAACACAUGCAUGUCCGCAGCCCUGCUCACGAUUGUCGUUGCCCCCUUGUGUUGUGUGUGUGCAGAGACCAUGUACCGCAUCCCUUUGAUGCGCCGCUCCCGAGGUGUGGGAAUGUCCCUCGGCAGACCCACCGCUGCAUCCGCCAGACGCGAGUCGAGGACCCGCUCUGGCUCGACUACCAGCAACCACCGCUUCAGCUUUCUGCAUGGGUGGGGUCGGCAGCGGGCUGACGAGCCGCUGCGGGACCCAGUGGAUGGCGAGGAGAUCGUGCCCAUCGACAGCUUCGGAAGGUCGAGUAGGUGGGUGCGGCGGUACUCGCUGCCGUCUGAGGCGAGAAGACUGCGACGCAGACGGAUCAUGGGGUAGACAGAGGGGUGCAAUGGGAUUGGGGGUGGGCGAUGGUUAGCCGUAUGUAGACAGGGCUGCAGUGAGAGGCACCCUGAAUUGAUUUCAGCCGGCUGGCUGCGAUCGACAAGACGGUCGGCCAGUGGUGUGGUGUAUUGUGUAUUUUCUGCGAGUUGAGUAAGCCAGCUGAUGUUUGCUGAUGUGUGGUGGCGGUGCGGGGCGGGGCGAGGGUUUGCCAGUGCCGGCUGGCACCCGUUUGUUGAUGAGAGUGUGAGGACGCGAUGUUGGGAUCGAUAGCUCUUUGGAUAAAGUGAGUGACAACACUAGGAUGCUGCUCGCUCGGUUGCUGCUGGUCGAGAAGAUGGCAUGUGCAUCCACCCCAUGUUAUGCACAUCUGGAGCGGCCCGAGCAGCAUCUCGUGCAUACGAGUGGACGGAUGGAUGGAUGGAUCUGUUAUGUGUAAGUAAUUCGAUUGUGUCG